UCAGGGCGUAGAGGCGCAACCGUGGAUCUUCACGUCGUUUAUCAUUACCCAAGUCGUGGAAACAUGGAUAUUCUGUGCUGAGGGCAUUAGCAGAGCUGUUGCUUUGCCGCCUAACUUGUUCGAGGGUUGUUGUGGAUAUUCCGAAAUUGAUUUGUGAAAAUGUUGGACAAACGUACUGUUGACUUGCGCCGGGACCAAACGGGCGAUGCGAGGGGAAAGAUUGCGAAGGAGCCAUUUGACAAACAAUACAAAGUUGGAGCGCUCAUCGGAAGCGGAGGAUUUGGUUCCGUGUUCUCUGGACAGCGCAUCUCAGAUGGGUUACAGGUUGCAAUCAAACAAAUAUCCAGUGACAGAGUACAACAGUGGGCAAGACUGCCUGACGAAUCAAGCCUAGUUCCCAUGGAGAUCGCCCUCCUGCUUCAGCUGGGAGGCGGGGCAGCGGUGGGCCCCUAUCACCGUGGCAUCAUCCGGAUGCUGGAUUGGUUUGAGGUGCCAAGUCAGGGGUUCCUCAUCGUGUUCGAGAGACCACAGCCAUGUCAAGACCUCUUCGACUUCAUCACUGAGCGCGGUUCUGUGGAAGAGCCCAUCGCUCAGCGGUUUUUGAAACAGGUAGUCGAAGCCCUUAAGUUUUGUCAUUCAAGAGGGAUUGUGCAUCGGGACAUCAAAGAUGAGAACAUCCUUGUGGACACACGGACUGGUGACAUCAAAAUCAUCGACUUUGGAUCUGGAGCUCUGAUUAAAGACUCUGCCUACACUGAUUUUGAAGGGACCAGAGUUUACAGUCCGCCAGAGUGGAUCCUGCAUCAGCGAUAUGAGGCCCUCCCUCUCACAGUCUGGUCUCUGGGGGUCCUGCUGUUUGACAUGGUCUGCGGGGACAUUCCGUUUGAGAGGGACAGGGACAUCAUCCAGGCCACUCCCAGCUUCACUAGGCGCAUAUCCAAAGAAUGCCAGUCUCUGAUUCACUGGUGCCUAGCCUACCGAGCAGAAGAUCGCCCUACCUUGGAGCAGAUAUUGGAGCAUCCCUGGAUGGUGGAGAGUUUGGAGGACUUUGGGGAUUUGCAAGAGGAGAGUAAUAUUGCUCCGAGCCUUUAAAUUGUUCCAGACUGAAGGCGACUUUAGAAACGGCUCUUACCCUGUUCACACACUGGACUUCUGUCAAACUGGUUCCCAUCACCUCCUUAUUUAUCAUUCCCAUUUUCACUUUACUUUUUUUUUUUUUUUUUUGGUGUAGUGUUGUCUCCCUGCCAUGUGGCCUACGCCUGAUCUUCAACUCUUCAUGUGGGGUCCCUGUCUACAAUCUAAACAACUGCACACGGAACUGGAGUUGGAGUUCUUUUCAUAUCCUAUUUAUUACUGGUUAUUUAUUGGCACGGAUACAUAAGACCUAUUUAUCAUCAAGGACUGAUGAAAUUUCCGAAGUUAUCCAAGCAGCUGUGUUCUGCUGUUGUAAGCUCUAACAGACUUAGGGGUGUUGUGUCAUUGACUAAAACGUCACUUAAUGAGACCUUGUCAGUGCCUGGUUUUACAGGUCCUUUGUAUAAGUUUAUUCUUCCCUCGUUCUAAGAGGUGAAUGCAGUCUUUGGAUCCAAUAUCGAGUUGUCUCCUGCUGGGAAUUCUAACAUGAUGGAAAUUCCCAGCAAUGUGAAUCUGUUUUGCACCUGCGAGAGUGAUCAUUGGAAGGUUGUAAAUGGAGAAAAGACAUUCCCAUGAAUCUUGCUUGGUUUAAAUGACACAGUUCACUAAAUGGCCCUAUGGGAGAUAUUAACAAGGUGCCUUUUGAUUUCUGCCUCUGUGCUCUAUCAAAGUGUGCUAAAGUCUUAGAAAUAACUUCAAGAAUGUAAGCAAGCAAAUUUGUGGAUGGGACUGUUUACAUUGUGUGCGCGUUCAUUUAUGCGCGUUCGUGUGUGUAGUGUGUAUGCUGAAUGGUGCCCUUGCUCAACCCAGAGGAUCAAAUGUGGGUUUUUGGUUUCCCCUUCAGUCUCUAUGAGUCAUGUCUGAGGCUGAUGUUCCAAAAUGGUCCAUCCCUUUGGAUUCUUAACCUGCACUGGCAUAAAAACAUAGGAUUCGUUUUUUGUAAGAAAUUAGAAGCCUGAUUCUUGUUCUUUUAUGUUUUGUAAUUGUUAAAUGUGGACCUUUUGCUAGUGCAACAAUGGAUAUUUAGUUUGGGACUAUUAUGUUUUGACAGGUGUUUUUUAUUUUGUUUUUUUCCGACCUGUUUUAUCAAAUUUUGAAAUCCUUGCUAAUUUGCUUGGGUUUGCACAACAAUUUUGCUGUAAAUACUUGUGUAUUGUAUUUUGUAAUGUGGCACCAGUCACAUGACCUUAUUUAAAAUUAAAUAACAAAUUUUACAUCUAAAA